GCUGCUGGAUAUCUUUUUUUUCGCAUGAGGCAGGGGAUCGAGAAGGGAGAGCACUUGGAUAUCACAAAUACUUGGAUUGUUUAUUGGCCCUCAGUGCAUGAACCUGUAUUGAGCUUUUCCUGUGAUACAACUGAACCUGAGCAAUGCAGUCCAUCAGAGACUUGAAGCCCAACUUCAGCGGCCCUCCUCCCUCCUCCAUGGCCGCUGGCCCCGAUGCCUAUUUCCAAGGCAACAUCAGGAUGACUCUGGAGGACCCUGAACUCUGGAAGACCUUCCAUGAAAUUGGAACUGAGAUGAUUAUCACUAAACCGGGCAGGAGGAUGUUUCCACACUGUAAAAUUAAUCUAUCCGGCCUUAUUCCAUGUGCCAAGUACAUCUUACUGGUUGACAUGGUCCCUGAGGAUGGCUUCAGGUAUAAGUGGAAUAAAGAGAAAUGGGAGGUGGCAGGGAAAGCGGAGCCCCAGCCUCCCUGCAGGACAUACCUCCACCCCGACUCUCCAGCCCCGGGGAGCCACUGGAUGAAGCAGUCUGUCUCCUUCCUCAAGCUCAAACUCACCAACAAUACGCUCGACCAGCAUGGCCAUAUCAUUUUGCACUCCAUGCAUCGCUACCACCCACGCUUCCACAUCGUCCAGGCAGAUGACCUGUUCAGUGUUCGCUGGAGUGUUUUCCAGACCUUCACCUUCCCCGAGACUUCCUUCACAGCGGUCACAGCAUAUCAGAACACCAAGAUCACAAAGCUGAAGAUCGAUCACAACCCAUUUGCAAAAGGUUUCCGGGACGAAGGCACCAACAAAAAAAGGCGUUCAAACAAGAAUCCUGCCUGCCUUGAGAAGCGAGCCAAGAUGUCAGACAUUUUGAACAGAGACUCAGAGGAGGACAGUCCACCAGAUUUCUGCCGCUCAUCGUAUGAGGGUUAUGACGCAGAGGAAGGAGACCUGCCUAAAAGGAAGGAGGAUGAUGGCGUCAAAGAGGAGCGUUACUCUCCGUGGACUGCUGAGAGGGAGCACAAUGUGAGGACUGAAUCUCCCGCUGGGGCAGACCCCAGGGACAUGUACAACACAGAGCAGCUUGUUCCCGCUCCGGCUUCCUACCAGCCAUACAGGUUCCAUGAGUAUGGAAAGUCCCCCUCUCCCUCCUCCAGUGUCGGCAGCAGCAACAGUGGAUCAGGACGCAGCAGCUUUGAGUCCAGAGUCCCUGACAUCGCUACUGUCCCUGACCAUGACUCUUCAAAGCCCCGUACACAUGAGGUUGGCCCUUCCCCUUGUGGCCCCCAGCACCUCCCUGCCCACCAGGACUACACCGGUGUCCUCAACAUGACCAUGGCUCAGGCCAGCAAGCCAGGUGUGAUCAGCCACCACAUCUAUAGUCCAUACAGUGCCGAGCAGCCCCUCGGCCAGUGGAGCAGCCCCGGCUCUGCUCAGUAUCCCCCUCCUCACCACCUGACCGCUGACUACACCACGCAAGCUGUGCACCAUGGUUAUCACCAUGGCAACGUGGCUGAGUGGAGCCAGUACCCACUGUUCUCUUACUCCUGCUGGUGAAGAGAUCUUCAAUGACUGAGAGUGACUUUACUGAUGCUACCACUACUGCUGCUGCCAUCCUGACAGAAUGCUGAUCCAGUGCUCACAGCUAAGAGAAUGC